AUGAACAAUAAACUGAAACAAAAGAAUGGUGCUACAAUCGUUGGUGUUCGCCUGAGAUCUCUGUGUGUCUGUAUUUCUGUAGUAACUGUACUCCUCGUAGCAUGCCUAAGCACAGGAUACUGUCUAGAUAUUUUUCGGGUCAGCGUCUUAAUCACUAGAUUUUUCACGCCUGGGGACAUACUUGAAGACAACUCGAACAAUGCCGCAAAUGCAAUAGCUGCUAAUGACGGCGCGGAGGUAAACAAUAUUGGUCAGAAAUGCCUUGCAGUAGUCCUUCUGCUUUGUUCAGUGCUAGCCACACAAGGAGAUGAAUUUGGUGGUACAAGUAGCAGCUCCGACGCUUUUGGCAAGGCCAAGUCGGGUCUGUUCGGAACCAAAAGUGACUCUGGGGCUACCGGAACCAGCCGUGGCUCUGGGACUGGACUAGGAGCCGCUUUGCGUGGUUCUGGGGGUCUUGGUGGACUAGGAGGAGGCUCGCAAGGAGGUUCUAGCGGAGGAAGUGGUGGUUCCUCUGGGAGCCAAGGUGGUGGUCAAGGCUCCAGUGGUGGCAGCUCUGGUGGUUAUGGUGGUAACUCCGGCGGAUCUGGUGGGAGUUCAGGAGGUUCCGGUGGUGGUUCGGGAGGAUUUGGCAACUCCGGAUCCGGUGGUAGCCAAGGUAACGGAGGAAGUUCUGGAGGAAACCAAGGAUCGGGUGGAAGUGGUGGUAGUUCUGGUGGAUACGGGGGUAGUUCAGGAGGCAAUGGAAGGAGCUCAGGAUCUAGUGGAAACCAAGGUGGAAGCCAAAGCUCAGGCAGUGGGGGGAGUUCUGGAUUCGGUGGAAACAAAGGCUCAAGUGGAAAUGGGGGUGGCUCAGGGGGAUAUGGUGGAAGCCAAGGCUCAGGUGGUAAUGGGGGUAGCCAGGGCUCGGGUGGGAGUGGAGGUGGCUCAGGAGGUUCCUCGAGAGGUUCCGAAGGCUCCAGCGGCGGUGGCUAUGGAGGCAGCCAGGGAGGUUUCUCAGGAGGUACCGGAGGCUCCAGCGGCGGUGGCUCAGGAGGUUCCUCGGGAGGUUCCGGAGGCUCCAACGGCGGUGGCUAUGGAGGCAGCCAGGGAGGUUAUGGUGGAAACCAGGGAAGUUCAGGUAGCGGGUUUAAUCACAAAUUAGGAAAGUGA